GUCGGUCCGAUUUCUCCGGCUAACUUACUUAAGCUGACAAGUCUUUCUCCUCCUUCCUAACUUCGUCCCCCCCACACACACCUUUCUCCAUUCUCUCUCUCUGUAAAUAAUCGCUCUCUCUCUCUCUCUCUAAAGCUUUCUUCGUCGUCGUCCAUGGCGGCUAACAAAUUCGCCACACUGAUUCACCGGAAAACAAACCGAAUCACUUUAAUUCUCGUAUACGCUUUCCUCGAAUGGUCACUCAUCUUCUUCAUUCUUCUCAACUCUCUCUUCUCUUAUUUCAUCCUCAGAUUCGCUGAUUAUUUCGGUCUUAAACGUCCUUGUCUCUUCUGCUCUAGACUCGAUCGUUUCUUCGAUGCUUCUAGUAAAUCUCCUUCUCAUAAAGAUCUUCUCUGCGAUGAUCAUGCUCUCGAGAUUUCAAAAUCACACUCAAAACCUGUUGAAGAAUCCAGUACUGGUUUCGGAGAACUUCACAAUGAUUUGGUUCAUCAUCGUCGUUGUUGUUGUGCUCCGAUUGAGUCUGAUUUUGGGAAUUUAGAUUAUCCGAUUGGUGAUGAAGGUCAAAUUUACAAUGGUCUUAAGUUUCCUCGAUCGAUCUUCGGAUCUGUGAAUUUGAAUGAUUCUCAGGAAGAAGAAACAGAGGAGAAGAAGGUUUCUUCAUUAAUCGAGAUUGUUCCCCAAUCUCCUGAGAAACUUGAAGAUGAUGAUGAUGAUGAGGAGUUUUCGUGCUAUGUAUCAAGUUUCGACUGUAAUAGCAAAGAAAUUGCAAUAGAGAAGGAAGAAGAAAACAAAGUGGAUCUGGCUAUAGAGGUUGAAACUGCAGAAUCAGCGCCUAAAAACCUUGAGUUCUAUAUCGAUGAAGAAGACUGUCAUUUGAUUCCAGUUGAAUUCUACAAACAGAGCGAAGAAGUUCGAGAGAUUUCCGAUGUUAAUGGAGAUUUUAUACUCGAUUUCGGCGUUGAGCCUGAUUUCACGGCGGAGGAGGAGGGAAUCUCCGUCUUUGCUUCGCCGGAUGAUUCGAAACCGGACGAUGCGGUGACGAAUCUAGGUGCUUCGUCAGAUGAUUUAGUGCAAAUGCAAAACGACGACGAAGAUACAGACGACGCAGAGGUUUCUAUAGGCACAGAAAUUCCUGAUCAUGAGCAAAUCGGAGAUAUUACUUCGCACCAACUCAUUCCUCACGACGAUGACAAUGACGAUGACGAUGAUCAUGAGGAGGAUACGUUGGAGUUCAAAACAGUUACGAUUGAAACUAGAAUGCCCGUCUUAACUGUCAACGAAGAGCGGAUUUUAGAAACUCAAGGAUCGGUGGAAAGCUCGCAUAGUCUACAUAACGCUAUGUUUCACUUAGAGCGAAGAGUAUCCGUUGAUGGUAUUGAAUGUCCUGAAGGAGUACUCACCGUGGAUAAGUUGAAGUUGGAGUUACAAGAAGAGAGAAAAGCACUUAACGCGUUGUACGAGGAGCUGGAGGUAGAGAGGAGUGCGUCUGCGGUUGCUGCGAGUGAAACAAUGGCGAUGAUCAAUAGGUUGCAUGAGGAGAAAGCUGCGAUGCAGAUGGAAGCUUUGCAGUAUCAGAGAAUGAUGGAGGAGCAAGCUGAGUUUGAUCAAGAAGCCUUGCAGUUGUUGAAUGAGCUUAUGGUGAAUCGAGAGAAGGAGAACGCCGAGCUCGAGAAGGAGUUAGAGGUGUAUAGAAAGAGAAUGGAGGAGUAUGAAGCUAAAGAGAAAAUGGGGAUGUUGAGGAGGAGAAUCAGAGAUUCCUCUGUUGAUUCGUAUAGAAAUAAUGGCGAUUCAGAUGAGAAUAAUAAUGGAGAUUUACAUCAUAAGAAUGUUGAAGGAGUUACGGAUUGGAAAUAUAUAGAGAAUGAGAUGGAGAACACGCCGGUUGAUGUUGUUCUUCGUCUUGAUGAGUGUUUAGAUGAUUAUGACGGAGAGAGGCUUUCGAUUCUUGGGAGAUUGAAGUUUCUUGAAGAGAAACUCACAGAUCUCAAUAACGAAGAGGACGAGGAGGAGGAAGCUAAAACGUUUGAGAAUAAUGGUAGCAUCAAUGGAAAUGGGCAUAUUCAUUGCAAGGAAACAAACGGAAAGCACAGAGUCAUCAAGUCAAAGAGACUACUUCCCCUGUUUGAUGCGGUCGAUGGAGAGAUGGAAAACGGGUUAGAUAACGGAAACCAUCACGAAAACGGGUUUGAUGAAUCAGAGAAUGGUGCGAUUGUGACGAUAGAAGAAGAAGUGGAUGAGCUAUACGAGAGACUAGAAGCUCUAGAGGCAGAUAGAGAGUUCUUGAGGCAUUGUGUUGGUUCAUUGAAAAAAGGUGACAAAGGUGUACAUCUCCUCCAUGAGAUUCUACAACAUUUACGUGAUCUAAGGAAUAUCGAUCUUAUUCGCGUCAAAGAAAAUGGAGACAUAUGAGUGUUUUUGAGUUGGAUUUUGAGUUUUGCGUUUGAGUUCUUCACUCUUUGCAUAGUGACAUAAAGAACAAGAACAAUCAUACAGGUAUAUAACUUAUCUCUGUUAACCGAAGAAUAUUUCCAUGUCUAUAAUCACACAUUAAAGAAGAUUCAGUUUU